CUGCAAAUGAUAAAUACUUACAAAACAUUUUACAGAAAAAUUGAGUCGAUAUUUUCCCAAUCACACAUGUAGUUUAUUUUCAAUUGAUGGUUUCAAAUCGCUUUAUGGUUAUCAUUUCGUGGUUGUAUUUGUAGCGUGAUUGACUAAUAUCAACGAAUGAAUUUAUCUAAGACGCAACAUAAUCAACGUUAUGAAAUCUUUAUUCACUGCGCAUCAAUUACAUACGUAAUACGCUCAGUGCCCAAAUCUGUGUAGUAAUGUACAAAAAAAAAAAAUUUUUUUAUUUACACUAAAAAUAUUUUUUGAACGAUUGAAGAAAACGGGCCAUUUAUUUGAUCCCAAAAAAUAGAACAAAAAGUCAACUAAGAAUUAAAAAGUGGCAAAAUUCGAAUAUUUACCGUCGAAUUUCCGGUAUUAUUACUUUCUGGUUUCGUCUAAAGUCGGAUGUUCUCAUUUUCCGACGACUAUCAACGAAUAUCUCGCCGAUGCGGCACGUGUACAGAACGCGCCACAGAGUUUUAAAUGAACAUAUUUUAUGAUUUCGGUUCAUUUGUGAUGAAAGAACGCGGUCCGCGCCUGCGCGAUAAAAGAACGGUCGUACAUUCCACGCAUAUAACAUCGCGUCGUUUCAAUUCAGUUGCAUUCUCCGGCACACCGAGGUAGAGAAGAAGUUCAGACGCACUUGGUACUUAGUUUCCACAAGUGCGUACAUCGUUAUCCACACGCGAGAAACUCAUCGCAAGUUGAAAUCUUCACUAUAUUUCAAUGGCGAAAGCACCGACAGUGAAAUUUUACAACGGAUCAGAGAUUCCAGUCAUCGGACUGGGAACUUGGCGGUCAGAACCAAACAAAGCAUACGAAGCAGUGAAGGAUGCGAUCGAUAUCGGAUACCGAUUCAUCGACAACGCCUAUCUCUACGAUAACGAAGUGGAAGUUGGCAAGGCGGUGAGAUCUAAAAUUGCAGAAGGAGUUAUAAAAAGAGAGGACAUCUUCCUGAGCAACAAGCUAUGGAAUACUUUUCACCGACCAGAAGCCGUUGAACCAAUGCUGAGGAAGACUUUGGCUAACUUGGGCGUUGAAUAUGUCGACAUGUACUUGAUGCAUUGGCCGAUAGCUUACAAAGAGGGAAGCGGAAACUAUCCUCUUGACGCCGAAGGUAAAAUGCAAUUUGCCGACUACGAUUUCGUCGACACUUGGAAAGCCAUGGAGAAGGUUUACGAAAUGGGAUUAACGAAAAACAUCGGCGUUAGUAACUUCAACGAAGAGCAGUUGGAGAGGAUUCUAAAGGAGGGAAAUAUCAAGCCCGUUACCAACCAGGUCGAAUGCCAACCCUAUUUGUGCCAAUUCAAGCUAUCCGAAUAUUGCAAGUCCAAGGGCAUCGCUAUAACGGCUUAUCGCCCAUUGGGAGGGCCGGGAAAACCUGGCCAACCGAAACCCAGCGAAGAUCCGAAAAUCAAAAUUAUUGCCGAGAAGUACAAAAAGACUCCUGCUCAAAUUAUGCUGCGUUAUCAGAUUGAACGGGGACACAUAAUAAUCCCCAAAUCAGUGACUAAGUCUCGAAUUGAAGAAAACUUCAAUAUAUUUAACUUUGAACUUGCCAAAGAAGAUGUUGAGCUCAUCAACAGCCUUGACUGCAACGUCAGAUUAAGUCCGCUGCUUGAGUGUAUCGACAGCCCAUACUAUCCAUUCGAGAAGUAGAAUUUCGACGAAAUCCUGCCCGAAAGCUGCAACGAUUGAUGCAGAACAACCUCUCAAUAGUGCCGCGACAAAAGUUCUAUUUAGUAUAAUAAAGGUUUAGUGCAAUAAAGGUACUAUUGAGAGGGUUGAGAACUAAUUUUCGAGAACGAGCUUUUGUAGUCAGAGUGAGGGAACCAAAAUUUUGAGAAAUGUAUUCCACUCACAGCCUGUGAGCGGUUCUAUUGAGAGGUUGUACUGUAUCAAGUUCAUGUAUGCCGACAACUAUUAUAGAGCCGGCGCAGCAUAUAGAAAUUAUCUCAAUUAAAUUGAUACGUUGACACUUAUAAAUGUCUUCAUAGAGAUCUUGUGACAUCUCACAGCAUUGAAAACAACCAGAAAACGACCAGCUAAACAAUCAGUUCGAAACCAAACUUCGAAAUCGGUGUCUUGAAAUAUCUUUUUGUACAGAUUUUGUAAUAUGAAAUUGAAUUCUGUUAUUACUUUGUAUGAUACAUAAGUAUAUCACUUAUUAUAUACAAGUAAGGCAAUUAAACUAAUCGUGAGAUAAGCUAAAAUUCCUAUUCAAUCAGAUCGACACAGAUUGUGUUUCAAUAAGCAUGAGCGUACAUACGUUAAUUUAAAAAAUUGUCUCUAUUCGAUAUUAUGAACUAACAAUAAGACCGUCUGAUUUCAAAAUUCCUAUAACAAUUUUUCCCUAUAUUAUACAAGAUUUCGGGAUACAA